AGCACCGUACUCUGCAAUGAUGGGGAAUCCACAUACAUUAACUCUUACUCUGACACUGGCUCUGUGCCUUGGAGCAGACGCUGUCAAUCCUGGGUUUGUGGUGCGCCUCACGCAGAAAGGACUGGACUAUGCUCGUCAACAAGGGAUGGUUGUUCUACAACAGCAGCUUGCUAAGAUUCACCUGCCGGAUUUCUCGGGCUCCACCCAUGUCAGUCCCCUGGGGAAGGUGAAGUACAGUUUCCACAGCAUGGUUAUUCGUAGUUUUCAGUUGCCAAACUCACAAGUCUCUCUAGUCCCCAAUGUUGGACUCAAGUUAUCCAUCACUGGGGGCUUCAUUCGGGUGGAUGGACAGUGGAAGUUCAAGACGAAACUUCAUUUUAUAUCGGGUCACGGGAGUUUUGAUCUGAAGGUGCAGGGACUCAGCAUUUCUGUAGGCCUGAAGUUGGGGAGUGAUGGAUCCGGAAGACCAACGAUCUAUCCUUCUGCGUGCAGUAACCAUAUUGGAGAUGUUAAUGUGCACAUUUCUGGGAAGUAUAAGUGGCUGGCAGACUUGUUUCACCGGAGCAUUGACAAGGCAUUAAGGAAAGCCAUUGAGAAUCAGAUCUGUCCACUUGUUAGCAAAUCCAUUCUACAAAGGCUGGAGCCUAUCCUGCAAACCCUGCCAGUUACUGCAUCAAUAGACAACGUAGCAGCCAUUGACUACUCGUUAACAGGGCCUCCACCUGUGACGGCGGAAUGUGUCGAUGUGCAGCUCAAGGGCGAGUUUUUCAAUCACGUUAACCGCACCGCGCCUCCAUUCUCUCCGCCUGCUCUGUCUUUACCAGUGGAUCAUAGCCUGAUGGUUUACUUUGGGGUUUCUGAAUAUUUGUUUAACACCGCUGGAUACGUGUAUCAGACAGCUGGGAGACUGGUCUUCACGGUCACCGAUCACAUGAUUCCCAAGAACUUCAGUAUCCACCUGAAUACAUCAUCUUUUGGAGCACUGAUACCCCAGAUAUCCAAGAUGUACCCAAACAUGCUCAUGAAGUUGGACAUUACAUCUACUUCCACGCCUUUCCUGACUAUGAAACCAGGAAAUGUAACCAUCUCUACUAUGACGGAUAUUGAAGCCUAUGCUAUUUUACCCAACGGGACCCUGGCUCCCCUCUUCUUACUAAAUGUGACAACCACUGCUCUGGCAAAGUUGGGAGUGAAUGCAAGCAGGAUUGUUGGUAAUUUGGAGAUCAGUAGGGUACAGAUGGCUCUCAAACACUCUGACGUGGGACCUUUCUCAGUGUCACUUUUAAAUGCUGCUGUGAAUUUCUACAUCACACACAUUAUACUUCCUCAGGUCAAUGCACUUCCUCCUGUUUGGGGCCAAUGUCCAUUAUGGUUAACGAAUAGAGGAAUGGAGCUGGCCAAUCAAAGAACCGGAUUGUUUGCUAAUAAGUUAAAGUGGAGUCUUACGUUGGACCGGUUACUUUGACAUCAGAUGAAAAUUCACUAUCAUCCGAAGAUUAAUUGUUUGUGGUUUAAUUAUAGUCAAAUUUGCAACCAAGUCUACUAACGGUGAAAUAAAAAAAAUGUUCACUAACAGUAUUAAAGUUUAAAAAUUGGCUUAGCCAU